AUGCUCCCGACCCCCUCGACCUCCCACGUCUCGUACGACACAAUCUACGAACCCGCCGAAGACUCGUAUUUGUUUCUGGACACGCUCUCGUCCCCGUCAGAAACGGCAUGGCUUCACUCCCGCUUCAGUGCAUCCCAAGAUAAUUCCACCGGCGGCAGGACCUCCUCGCCCACUCCAUUCCUGGUCGAGCUCGGCCCGGGGUCGGGCGUGAUUAUCGCCUUCCUGACCGCGCACGCCCGCACCCUUUUCGGCAGAGACAUCGUGAGUCUCGGAGUCGACGUCAACACCUACGCGUGCCAGGCCACCAGAACCACUGUCGAAAAAUCGAUUGCCGAGCGUCACGGAAGCAAAGACAGCGGCGGUGAUGGCGCAGAUGGUUCCAGUAUCUACCUGUCCUCGGUGAGCGGUGACCUCGCCACGCCCCUUCGACCAGGUGAAGUGGACGUCCUCAUUUUCAACCCGCCAUACGUGCCCACGGACUCGGUCCCCGCCUUCCCCGGCACAUCGAGGACGGGUAGCCCACCAUCCUUUGAAGAGUCAUCGCAUCUUCUCUCGCUCUCCUACGCUGGUGGCGCGGAUGGCAUGGAAGUCACGAACCGCUUGCUCGCCCGAGUUCCCGAGAUCCUGAGCGCUCGAGGCGUGGCAUACAUCUUGUUCUGUCGGGGCAAUAAACCCGAGGAAGUCAGGGCUGCGAUUGCGCGUUGGGAAGGAACCGAGCAGUGGAAAUGGUGUGCCGAGACGGUAGGUACGAGCGGCAAGACUGCCGGAUGGGAAAAGUUGGAGAUUGUGAGGAUAUGGAGGCAGGGAAUUCAUGAGCAGCACUGA